AGAAAAAGUUGUCUGUUAUACAGACACUGGAAUGUUGGAACUCAGGACAUCCCUCUGGGUGUCCAGAGUUGCCGGGACCCCUGCCAGGGGGUUCAAAGACCCUGGCACACAGCCUAGAACACCUGUGGGUUUGAUUAUGACCUAUGGAGCAAAUGACCAGCUCUGUAUGAAGACCUGAAAGCCACAGAAGUUUAAGUAGUGUAAUAAUAAAAUUAUCACUACCUAAAGUAGAUUUUGGGGUUUUUAGAAUAGAGGUUUUGGGGACAAGAUGGAGGGACUUGGGUGUGUCCAGCUUUUCUUCUUCUCUGCCUUCAUCUUCUGCUGUGAUGUUGGCACUUUUAUAUUGGUUUAGAGUAGAAGCUCACUGUCUAACAUAGGUGAUAGGUAUUGGAAAGUAAUUGUAAACAUUGUAUACGUAGUAUGUAGUAUAAAGAGACAACACCUUCCUGGGGGCAGGCAGAGUGCCUGGAAUUGUCCUCCUGGACAGAUCUCGGCAGGGCAGGAGAAAGAAUUUUAUAGAUGAGAUACAAUAAACAACCUUGAGACCAAGAACUGAAGAACUCCGACUCAUUCUUUGAACAUGCAGGCCAAAACAGAGACUUUUCACAUGUCUUGGGGCUGCAAUAAACUGCAACCUCCCAAGACUGGAAAAGCAUCUUGCCUUUAUCCUCAGAAUCAACAGCCAUCAAGAUAAAGGCACAAAAAUGACAGAGUUUUGGCUGAUUUCUGCUCCUGGAGAAAAGACCUGUCAGCAGACAUGGGAGAAGCUACAUGCAGCAACUACAAAACACAACAACCUUUCCACUAAUUCAAAGUUCAAUAUUCCGGACUUGAAGGUUGGCACACUGGAUGUUUUGGUUGGUUUGUCUGAUGAGCUGGCUAAACUGGAUGCGUUUGUGGAGAGUGUUGUAAAGAAGGUGGCCCAAUAUAUGGCUGAUGUUCUAGAAGACAGUAAAGAUAAAGUUCAGGAGAAUCUUCUGGCCAAUGGAGUUGACUUGGUCACCUAUAUAACAAGGUUCCAGUGGGAUAUGGCCAAAUACCCCAUCAAGCAAUCCUUGAAGAAUAUUUCAGAAAUUAUUGCAAAGGGAGUAAACCAGAUUGACAAUGAUCUAAAAGCAAGAGCCUCGGCAUACAAUAAUCUGAAAGGGAAUCUUCAGAAUUUGGAAAGAAAGAAUGCGGGAAGCUUGCUAACCAGAAGUCUUGCUGAUAUUGUAAAGAAAGAGGACUUUGUACUUGAUUCAGAAUAUUUGGUCACAUUAUUAGUGAUUGUGCCCAAGUUAAAUUACAAUGACUGGGUUAAGCAGUAUGAAACACUAGCAGAGAUGGUUGUACCACGUUCCAGCAAUGUACUCUUUGAGGACCAAGACAGCUACCUUUGUAAUGUCACCUUGUUCAGGAAGGCAGUGGAUGACUUCAAGCACAAAGCCAGAGAAUAUAAAUUUAUGGUCCGUGACUUCCAGUACAAUGAAGAAGAGAUGAAAGCUGAUAAAGAAGAAAUGAAUAGACUGUCAACUGACAAGAAGAAACAGUUUGGGCCUCUGGUUCGGUGGCUGAAAGUUAAUUUCAGUGAAGCUUUCAUUGCAUGGAUUCAUGUGAAAGCAUUACGUGUUUUUGUUGAAUCUGUUUUAAGGUAUGGUUUGCCAGUUAACUUCCAGGCAAUGCUGCUUCAGCCUAAUAAGAAAACAAUGAAGAAACUGAGGGAAGUUCUGUAUGACUUGUACAAACAUCUUGACAGCAGUGCAGCAGCUAUCAUUGAUGCAACUAUGGAUAUUCCAGGUUUAAACCUCAGCCAACAGGAGUACUACCCAUAUGUGUACUACAAGAUCGAUUGUAAUUUGCUGGAAUUCAAGUAAAAGUUCCCUAACAUGACAAUCUUCUCAGUGUUGAUGUAAACAAACAGAAGUGAGGUUGAAGUAUAGUAAUACUUUUAACAUUCUACUAAUCAUAUGCUUGCUUCUUAUGUUAGGUGAAUUGAACACACUGUGGUCCAUCUCUAGACAUUUUCUUUUUAAAGAGCAGUGUAGGUAACCAGCUUUUAAUCGACUAUGUCUGUAAAUGUAUAUUGAGAGAAUUGAAGUAUUUAUAAACAGAGUGAUUUAUUUAAGGAAAAGCUUAUCCCUCUUUCCUAUGGUGGUCUGUGUUAAUUCCAUUUACUGUUGUUUAUACAAAAAACUUGUUUACAGAAGACUAGUGUAAAUGUUCAUGGCCAUUUUGUUCAUUUGAUUUAGUAGAUACAACUGUGUUAACGUUGUUGAACUGUGAUGUAAAGUAUGUAAAAUUGGUAUGAAAUCGUGCUUUCUGAAUGGUUUAAAAUUACAACUGAUGCACUGUAAACGCAGGGAAAAUAAACAUACCUGUGCAAAUGUG